UGAGGAUCGCGUCGAAUUCUCCAACAAUGAAAAUUCUGUGAUUAAGAAUGAAAUCGGAACAUCUUCGAUCUUCCCCUCUCGUGCUCCUGUUGUCUUUUUCUUUUUUUUUUUUUUAAUCAUUAGUUUCUGUGGUAGCGUGCUCUGAUAUAAAGGAUGGACUGUCUCGAAAAAAUGUGAAUAAAAGAAAAUAGAUCGUUUCGUCUGCUAUUUUAUUAAGUGUCAAAAUUGAAAAUCGUUUGGAGUAAUUUUCUGUGAAAAAUCGCAGUUUGAUUUUUUUUUUGUGUAUAAAACAAUAUUUUUUUUAAUUAUAGUAUAUUCUCUGGGGACGGCAAAGUGACGGCUUUGGCAUUUAACGAGCAUUUGCUUAAAAUAGUCGUGAUCGAUAAGCCGAUAUCGAAUUAAUAAUCAGCAAAUCAGUUGCCUGUGCACGUCUGGGAAAGGAAACUUGUGCUCGAAAGAUUUUGCUUCUAAAUGUGAAUUUAGUUAUGUGGUUUAUGGAGAUUUAUGGUUGUCGGGAGGGUAGAACAUAAUACAUUUUUUGACGUGAAAGACGAGAGGGUCACCACGUGCGAACGGAAACGGCGUGUGUGGCAUCAACGAAAGAAGUCGGUCGGUCGAGUUCUGAAAAAUUAUUGAACGUUGGUGUGUCAACGAAUAUUCUUUCGUCGUUCCGAGGCGACGCGACAUGGUCAUUUUCGUCACUUUAAAGAAAAGAUUUGACGUCAGUUUCGCUUAGCGGGCAGAGCGAUGGGACUACCCAAAAGAUAUCCUUUGUCGGGACUAAUUACUAUACUCGAGCCGACGAUUACGGGUACCAUGACGAGGAUGAAGCCGACCGAAGACCCGAGGACUCUUAAAGAGCGUAAAUGGGAGAGGUGACCCACCCAGUGAUGCGUAAACGGCGUGGAGUGGGCAGCGCCUUUCUGGGCCUCUUCGUAGGCCUGAUCCUGGGUUUUCUGAUCCUCAGUUACCGCCUGAUUGUCUUCAAUCAACAGCAACAGGUCGCCAUUUGGACCUCCAUGCCCGGUUUGCGGUCAUCGCCGUCGAAAGCGCCGGCUCGAAACGUGCCGACGCUGAAGGACGACGAGCAAAUCAACAGCUCGACAUCGAAUCUGGUGUUUGUAGGCGUGAUGACGGCUCAAAAGUAUCUAGACACGCGAGCCAAAGCCGUCUACGAGACAUGGGGCAAGGAAUUACCUGGCAAGAUAGCCUUCUUCUCGUCCGAGUCCUCGACGGUUCCCGAAAACUGCCCGGAUCUGCCUUUGGUGCCGUUGCCGCGAGUGGACGACACUUAUCCGCCGCAAAAGAAGUCGUUUAUGAUGCUGCAGUACAUGUGGAGCAACUUUGGCGAUCGCUUCGAGUGGUUCCUGAGGGCGGACGAUGACGUAUACGUGAGAACAGAUCGGUUGGAGACGCUCCUAAGAUCCGUCGAUUCUAGAAGGGCAAUGUACAUCGGACAGGCUGGCAGAGGGAACUCAGAAGAGUUCGGGCUGCUGUCAUUGGAGUACGAUGAAAAUUUUUGCAUGGGUGGUCCGGGGGUAGUGCUCUCUAGGGAAACUCUAAGGAGGAUCGUGCCGCAUAUCAAAUAUUGUCUGCGUCAUUUGUACACCACACACGAGGACGUCGAGCUGGGCAGAUGCGUGAAAAAGUAUGCUGGGAUUCCCUGCACUUGGAGCUAUGAGAUGCAGUCGAUCCUUUAUCACAACAGCAGCGGGGCCCAGGCGUUCACCGGAAAUCUCAAGAAGAAGGAGGUUCAUCGUGCCAUCACUUUGCAUCCUGUGAAAAGCCCGCCUCAUAUGUAUAGACUGCAUAAUUACAUGAGGGUUCGUGUUCCGGCGAGUCUUCGUUCAUUCAAGCCGACGACGAGUGACGAAGUGAUCCCGUGGGACUUUCUCUUGAAAUUGGAAUACAGUCUAACCGAUUCUAAUCCUAGACGACGUAUUCACAGCGACAUCAAAGAGGGUCUGGAGGAUAUCACUAGAGAGGUCAUGGCCUCCAUUAAUUCCUAUUCAAGGCAGCGCGGUCGUGUUGUCGAAGAACGGUCCGCUCUUUACGGAUAUAGAAGGGUAAAUUCUUAUGGAGCUGACACGAUAUUAGACCUUCUGUUGGUCUAUCGGAAAUAUCGAGGCAGGAAAGUAACCCUUCCCGUUAGAAGACACGUUUAUCUCCAUCAACAUUUUACUGGAUUAGAGAUGCGUGAAACGGUAAAUGGUAUCGAGGUCCAACUUCGUCAAGAGUCAGACAAAUCUAUUCGCAGUUUACUCUACGGUGGCUUCCUGAAUCUCAAUUUCAAUUCUCAAGAAGAAGAUCCAGUACAAAGUAAAAUCAUUAAUUUUAUCUUACCUCUGUCGGGCCGCUUCGAGAUCUUCCAAAGAUUUCUCCAGAAUUAUGAGGAUAUCUGCUUGACUAGCGGCGAGAAGACGUCUCUACUCGUCGUGCUCUAUCAGCAUAAAAGCGAGAACACCUUCAACAAAACGAUAGAUCUGAUCGAGCAAUUCAGAUACAAAUAUCGUAGUGCCAGCAUAGAGAUUCUACCGGUCACCGGGGACUUUUCCAGAGCUCGUGCCCUGGACUUGGGCGUGUCGAAAAUGCAGGCCGACGAUCUGAUGCUGUUCAUCGACGUGGACAUCGUGUUCACGGAAUCGGCAUUGCACAGGAUACGCCUGAAUACGCUACCAGGUCGGAGAAUAUACUUUCCGAUAGUCUUCAGCCAAUAUGAUCCCAAAGUCGUUUAUGGCGAGGCAAGGAAGCAAGACAAGUUUACCAUAAACGAGCUCUCCGGGCACUGGAGACAAUACGGUUUCGGAAUCGUUUCCCUGUAUAAGAGUGAUUAUCAUACCGUGGGCGGUCUGGAUCUCUCGAUCCAAGGAUGGGGCAAGGAGGAUGUGGAGUUCUUCGAGAAGACGGUCAAGUCGGGCCUCGACGUUUUCAGAGCGGCGGACAGACAUCUGGUGCACGUGUAUCACGAGAUAGAGUGCAGCAGGGAGCUGUCAAAUCUUCAGUUUUCCAUGUGUAUGGGAUCCAAGGCUGACACGUAUGCCGGGGUCGAGACUUUAGCUAAUACGAUUUAUGGUAAUCCGGAUAUAUUGCGCUUCGCCAAAGAGAGAAGACAGAGGAGAACGAAUCCUGCUGGUUAACGGCAAUGAUUUGGCAAAAUUGGGAUUAUUGGGAGUGAUACAAUUUUAUUUGGGAUCGUGAGGAGAAAUUGUGAAAAUAUUUUUCUCAUUACGCACUCGCGCCUCGAUAGCGGCUUUAGUCACGCGAAUGUAACGCUAAUGAAUGGAUUAUCCGAACUCUGAACUUUCGGUGCCAGAAUAUCUCGUUAGUCACACUGUUUGUAAAUAAAAAUGGCGUAUGAAUGCAUCAAUCGCAAAUAAUUUAGGAAACCAAUACACUUUGAUAUUUUAUUGUAUAUACCGAAGCUUUAAUCGAGGAUAUAAUUUUCAAGAAUUUCAUUUGCGAAAUAUGAUUUGUAUUAUGCGUAACGAUUUUCGAAGAUAGAUCUGGCGAUCAACAGAGAUCACCAAAGUCAUUGCAGACAUGCUAAUAGAAUUUUUAUGUUAAGGAAGUAUGUAAUAUGAUUCUCUCGUUGUUAUGUUUAAUUCAUGUGAUGAUAUUAUUCUCUACCGCCCAAUGAUCCUUUUCGAUUGAGGCUAAAAACAAACAAAUAUCGUUCACUUUUACAGUUGCAGAUGCUGACUAUUCUAUAAGAAUCGAGUAUAAUGACAUGUAUUUUAUAAAAUCGUCAGCCUAGAAUGUAAGUUUAAGUAUUGUAAGUUAAAUGUGAUAUUAUCGUGCCUUAAAACGUUUCUCCGCUACUCUAUGUACUGCCAAUCACAUUAUUAUGAUUGUUCCGAUGUAAAUACUUCUAAAUUGUCGCAUUAUGCGCUUUAUAUUUUGUAUAUUUACACGUAAAAUGCUGUGUCUGCAAUAAUUGGAAUAAUACUCACGCUUUAUUGAAUAAAAUUCAUAUAUUAAGUAAU